CGGACGUAUUUAUGGGAACACACACUCUGACAGCUGAUUUCAGUUGUGAAGACGUGUACUUUCCGCACCGAUUUCUAGUUAAUUUGCAUCAGUAUUAUUUAUAAUAUCACCUACAUUUCAAUUACAUUGUUUAGCGGUAUUUGUUUUCCUAAUGGCGACAGUAGAGGAACUGAAGCUGCGGGUGAGAGAGUUGGAAAAUGAAUUGAUAAAGUGUAAGCAGAAGCAGUGUGCAAUGGAGGAUUCUCAAAGCCAGGAACUCCACAGACCGAAGAUUGACAAAAUGAGCGCCGAAGUUGUGGAUUCCAACCCAUACAGUCGUCUAAUGGCUUUAAAGAGAAUGGGCAUCGUGGAAGAUUAUGAGAAAAUCCGGACAUUCACAGUUGCUGUGGUUGGUGUUGGGGGAGUUGGCAGUGUGACAGCUGAAAUGCUCACUAGAUGUGGCAUUGGUAAGUUGCUUCUUUUUGACUAUGAUAAAGUAGAGCUGGCCAAUAUGAACAGAUUGUUCUUCCAGCCUCACCAGGCAGGCCUCAGCAAAGUGGAAGCUGCAGAACACACACUCAGGAACAUAAACCCAGAUGUGUCAUUUGAGACCCACAACUACAAUAUCACCACAUUGGAAAAUUUUACACAUUUUAUGGAGCGCAUCAGUUACGGAGGGCUAGAAGAAGGGAAGCCGGUGGAUUUGAUCCUGAGCUGUGUGGACAACUUUGAGGCUAGGAUGGCCAUUAAUACAGCCUGUAAUGAACUAGGUCAGAUCUGGAUGGAGUCUGGUGUCAGUGAGAACGCUGUGUCGGGGCACAUCCAGCUCAUCAUUCCUGGAGAAACGGCGUGCUUCGCUUGUGCUCCUCCACUGGUGGUGGCAGCUAACAUCGAUGAGAAGACCCUGAAAAGGGAGGGUGUGUGUGCUGCCAGCUUACCAACAACAAUGGGCGUGGUCGCAGGCCUUCUGGUGCAAAAUGUCCUCAAGUAUCUGUUGAAGUUUGGCACGGUCAGUUAUUAUCUUGGCUACAAUGCCAUGCAGGACUUCUUCCCCACCAUGGCCAUGAAAGCCAACCCCCAGUGUAAUGACCGCUACUGCAGGAUACAACAGGAAGAGUACAAGAAAAAAGAAGCAGAGAGGCCAAAGGUUGAAGUUGUACAGGAAGAGGAGGAGGUGGUCAUACACGAGGACAAUGAAUGGGGUAUUGAACUAGUAUCAGAGGUGACUGACGCAGAGUUACAGGCUGCAUCAGGCGAUGUGCCUGACCUACCAGAAGGCAUUACUGUGGCUUACACCAUUCCAGCUGAGGAUACAGCAAUUGGGGAGACAGUGGGGGAGACUGAACAGAGCCUAGAAGAAUUGAUGGCUCAGAUGAGAAAGUUGUAGGCAACAAUCUGAAGAUGCUAUUCAGAUAAGACAUGCCUUUUCUCACAUGUCGAUUCCAUUGCUUCUUCGAUAACAAGCAUCCUCAUGAAAAAGCCAAUCAAUGUCAAAUAAACAGUUACAGAAUGAAUUCUUCUAACAGCUAAAGGACGAAAAUGCAUGAAACAUGCUUCUAUGACAUUUCACACAACAAAAAAUACAACUUCUAAUGAAAUGUCUGUAAACCUAGGAUAAUAUCAUUGUUAGUGCAUUAACAUGUGUCACAAUGUGUAUUUUCUACGGUUUUGAUUAGUAAAUGAAAGUCCUUACCUUUUUAAUGUAUGUGUCAUUCACUCAGCUUUAAGAAAACCUCUGCAGCAACACAUUUAAACGUUUAAGUUGCCUCAAUAAAGUAUUUAUUAGAUGGAAUACAAUC